UUUUCUUUCAUAAAUAUAUUUCUCCAUCAUCUCUUUUGUUUCGAUGCUAAAUUUGGCAUUCGAUUUCGGUGUUAGUUUAUUUAUGUAAAGUCCGGCCGCCAAAUUAAUUUUUAUAGUUCAGUUUUCGGCACUUCCCCUCGCACCUUUGGCACCUUCGAUCGACAGAUUUAGUGACUAUUUAUGGAACCUUUAUGUGAUGAUGCAAAGCAAUUUCCGUUCGCCAAAAUGGGAAAGUGAAAUGAUCCGGGCCGACGAUUUAUGUAAUAUGUUGAUAUGAUGUCUUAUAAGUGCCGGAUUUGGGGCCCGUGGCCGCAUAGCUCCCAUCGCCGCCGUGGUAGCUCACAGAGAUUAAGCCAGACACGAGAGAUGAUGAUGCAGCCAUGGAUCGUUCUGGUCCUACUGGGCCUACUUCCCUUGAUCAACGGGGAUGUGAGUCAUUUACCCAAGGAUUAUUUACCGCCCAAUGCGGAUUCACAGAAUGCAGUACACACACGAUCUAAUGAUGCCAAGGAGAUCCAGAAAGAUCCAUCUGGAUUCUAUCCAUCGACUGGAUUACCUUUACCGCCGGGUUAUGCCAUUCCCACAGGCAGUAACAUUCCACCGCAGCCUGUCCAGCCACCAAACUUCCCACUGCCCAUCUAUCCGCCAUUCUUUGGCUUCGGUGGGGGACCAGGAGAACAGGGAAUUGGUCCAGGAAUCGGUCCAGUGCCUUCGGCCUAUCCCAACGGUGGACCUUUCCCGGGAGGUCCUCCAAAUGCGGCUUACCAACAGCCUCCGCCUGGAACUUUCCCUGGAGGUCCCUUUCCUGGAGGACCUCAGGGUGGAGCUGGCGGAUUUAUCGCACCCCAGGGAGGAGCUUUUCCACCCGCAGCAGGUUUCCAACCACAAGGGGGUCCAGGAAAUGGAUUUAUACCCCAAGGAGCUCCCUUCCCACCGCAGGCUGGGCCCUUCCCACCACAAGGAGUGCCUUUUGCACCACAAGGAGUACCUGGAAAUGCUUUCCCAGGAGGCAACUUCCCACCACAAGAAGGACCAUUCCCACCACAGGGAGGAGCCUUCCCUCCACCAGGAGCUCAGUAUCCACCAGAGUUUCUAACAAACCAAGGUCUGCCCUUAACUAAUCCACAAGGUCCCUUCCAAGGACCCAAUCCCGCUGGAUUCAAUGUACCCGUUGGAUUUGGUGGACCUGUGCCUGGACAAAAUCCUUAUCAGCAAUUUGGACCCGGAUUCGGUGGACCAGCCCCGCCAGGCUACUCCGAUGAGCCAGAAAAGGAGCAGCCGCAAAAGGAAGCCGAGAGGACGGUAGUGGCACCUCCAUUGGCCGACGAUCCCAAGAGCAAUGCGGACACUGUCUACGCCACGAAUGGCGGCUAUGUCUACCAGAGGGCCAAGAAAUAAUUCCAAGGGUUUUAUAGCCCCAAUUUUCUUGGGGGACUGAGAAGUGCAACAUCAAUAUGUUCAUUAUAAAUUAUCAACCAUCGUUUUUUAUGUUUUGUAUUUUUCCGUCCGUCCGUGUUUUUAUUUAUUUUUUGGUGUUGUUGGCCAUAAAACCUGCGGACAGACAAAACGUUUGUCUUUAUGCUAAUCAAAGUCUUCGCCAAACUGACUGACAAACCAUAAACGAGACAAUCUAUCGCCGUGAUUGAUAUAGAUAUAUGUAUAAUACAUAUGUUUUAUGCAUGGUCCAAGUGGCCAGAGACAUCUGUUUCAUAAAUUAUGAUGUCUUCAAGAGUCGAGACAAGGCGAUAAGAGUCUAAAACAAAAAAAUAUACAAAAAUAUAAACACAAAAUGAUGAGUGGCUUGGGCGUGGAAUAAUAUCGAUUUGUGCACACGUUAUUUAUGAUAUACUACAGACUGCAUCCCUAAGGGUUU